AUGAGGAUUUACUAUUCUCUGGAAGUAGUAAUAAAUCAAUAAAAGUCUGGAAAGUUGAUUUUAGUAAAAAUAUUUUAAUAUACAUGUAUUCAUUAGAUAAACAUGAAAAUGAAGUUGUGGCAUUAAGUUUAAAUUUGUCAGAAACAAAAUUAGUAUCUUGUGCAGAUGGUAAGAGUUAAAUUAUAAUUUGGAAAAGUAGAGAAUAAGAUAAGUUUGAAUUUAAAUAUUUUGUUAUAAUGGAUGAAAUUUAUAACAUAAAAGGGAUUUUAAAUAAUAAGAUAUUAAAUUAUUCUUUCAACCCCUUUAUGUAUAAAUAAUCAAUUUAAGUUUUAAGUUUAUUAAAGUGAAUUAAUUUAUUUGGUUAACUCGUAAAAAAGAAAUAUAUAAAAUGUAUAUAUUUGAGUUAAAAGAAGGAGUCUUUUAAGAAAAUUAGGAGAAGACAUUAUAAUUAAUUAUAAAUAAUUAGAUAAAAUGAUUAAUAUCGUUUUCCAAUAGUUUACAAUAAGGAGAGAAAUUUGAUAUUAGUCAGACAUAAAACUUAUAUUUAUAUGAUUAAAGAAAUGAAUGAUGGGAAAUUCAAAAUAGUAGAUAAAUUGAAUUGUGAUAUAAUUGGUAUUUUUGGAACUGUCACAAAUAAUGGACAAUAUUUGGUCUAUUGUGAUGAUAAAGGAAAGGAUAUUCAACAUAUGAAUUAUGAAAUAAAUGAAUAAUAACAAUAUAAUUAUAAUAUAAUUAAUUUAUAAUUCUUUUUAUAUUUUUAAGUAAUUUAAAUCAGUUUUGAUUGUAUAAAUUCAAUAAAUACAAUAUUAGAUUAGAAGCUUCAUCUAUAAUAAAUGCAAUCUAAAUAGCUUUUAUUCGUCUUCAUUUUCAUUCAUUUUUUAGCUUCUUCAUAUACAUUAGUACAUUAGGAAUCUAUUUUGAAGCGCAUAUAUAGAAAUUGUGGGGUAUAACAUUUGUUUCUAUAACUGUACAAGAAUAAUUAAAAAUAUAACCUUUACCAAAUAAUUAAAGGUUAAUCUCUUUAAAUUUUCAUUUAAUUUUCUUUUCUUACCAUAUACGAUUCUAAUCAUUUUCCCCUUGAAUUAAUAUAGUCUUGA